GGUCUUCGACUCUAUUCUUCUUGUCCUUCGUUCUCAUCUAUUAUCAUUGAUUGACAGUAAGCACCAAUAUCCUCAAUAUGAACUGUCACUCCUCUGUCCUCUGAUACCGAACACAAUCGCUCAUCCUCUGGAACCACGAGGAUGAGAAGUGGGAUUGCUCUUCUUGCUGUGGUUGUUCUGUGGGCAGCGUCGAUAAUUGGCCGAGGAGUGGAUGGGGCUUACUUGAAGUACAACACGAGUGGGGGACUGGUGCAAGGGAAGCUGAACGUGCAUUUGGUUCCGCACUCCCACGAUGAUGUUGGGUGGCUCAAGACCAUCGAUCAGUACUACGUUGGCUCCAAUAACUCCAUUCAGGGUGCUUGUGUGGAGAAUACGAUCGACUCCUUGGUUGAGUCACUGCUCCGGGACCCGAAUCGGAAGUUCAUCUAUGCUGAGAUGGCUUUCUUCGAGAGAUGGUGGGUGACACAGAGUCCUGAGACACAAGAACAAGUGAAGAAACUAGUGGACUCUGGGCGGUUGGAAUUCGUAAACGGGGGUUGGUGUAUGCAUGAUGAGGCAGCCACCCAUUAUGUAGACAUGAUUGAUCAAACAACACUUGGUCACCUUCUCAUAAAAGAGCACUUCAACAAGGUUCCUCGUGCUGGAUGGCAGAUUGAUCCGUUCGGACACUCUGCAGUCCAAGGAUACCUGCUUGGAGCCGAGCUUGGGUUCGAUUCUGUACAUUUUGCAAGGAUAGAUUAUCAGGACAGGGCGAAGCGCAAGGUCGAUAAGUCUCUUGAAGUCGUAUGGCGUGGUUCUAAUACAUUCAGGUCCUCUUCUCAGAUUUUUGCAAAUGCAUUUCCAGUUCAUUAUAGUCCUCCUCAGGGGUUUAGUUUUGAAGUUUCCAAUCAAUAUGAUCCUGUUCAGGAUAAUCGUCUCUUAUUUGACUACAAUGUUCAACAGAGAGUCGAUGAUUUUAUUAGUGCAGCAAUCACCCAAGCAAAUGUAACAAGAACUAACCACAUUAUGUGGACGAUGGGCGAUGAUUUUCAGUACCAGUAUGCUGAGUCGUGGUUCAAGCAGAUGGACAAAUUGAUUCACUAUGUUAAAAAGGAUGGUCGGGUGAAUGCUCUGUAUUCUACACCGUCCCUAUACAUAGAUGCAAAAAACGCAGAAAAUAUAUCAUGGCCUCUUAAGACCGAUGACUAUUUUCCGUACGCAGAUAAUCCUAACGCUUACUGGACCGGUUAUUUCACAAGUCGACCUGCACUGAAAGGAUACGUUCGGAUGCUGAGUGGAUAUUAUUUGGCAGCACGGCAGCUUGAGUUCCUAGUUGGGAAGAGAUCUGCAGGCCCCACAACCUACAGUCUCGGGGAUGCUCUGGGAAUCGCUCAACACCAUGAUGCUGUCUCGGGUACUGCGAAGCAACACACUACCAAUGAUUAUGCGAAACGCCUUGCAAUUGGAGCUACCGAGGCCGAAGAAGUUGUUAAUGAUGCUGUAUCGUGCCUGGUUAGUAACAAAUCAGGUCAAUGCCAAACACCUACAUUGACAUUAAGUCAGUGCCAGUUACUGAACAUAAGUUACUGUCCCGCGACAGAGGAAGAUAUUUCAGCAGGAAAGAGUUUGGUCAUUGUAGCAUAUAAUCCACUCGGAUGGAACCGAACUGAUAUUAUUAGGAUUCCGGUUAAUGACAUGAAUCUUGUCGUCGAAGACUCCUCGGGAAGUAGCAUUGAGACACAGUAUAUGGAACUCGACAAUGUCACCAUCAACUUAAGGAACUUUUACACACAAGCCUACUUGGGAACUUCACCCACGAAAGUCCCCAAGUAUUGGCUCCUCAUCCAAGCCUCUUUGCCACCGUUGGGUUGGAACACAUACUUUGUUUCCAAAGCUAGCGCGGAAGGGAAAAACAAGAGGCGCUUUGGUAUGUACUCGGGCCAACAGCAGAAUGAUACUAUAGAGAUCGGGCAAGGAAACCUGAAGAUGCUCUUCUCAUCAAACACAGGGCAACUCGUUCAGAUGUAUAACAUUAGGACAGGGGUUUAUGUACCUGUACAACAAAGCUAUCUCUAUUAUAGCUCCAGUACAGGCGACAUAGAUCCUCAGGCUUCUGGUGCCUAUAUUUUCCGACCUGAUGGGGAUACUCCAAGUAUUAUUUCACGAUCAGUUCCCCUCAAAGUUGUCCGUGGACCGUUAGUUGAUGAAGUUCAUCAGCAGUUCAGCUCAUGGAUUUAUCAGGUGACGAGACUGUAUAAAGAUAAAGAGCACGCCGAGGUCGAGUUCACAAUUGGCCCAAUCCCCGUGGAAGAUGGCGUGGGAAAGGAGGUCAUUACGAAAAUGACUGCAAAUAUGGCCACAAACCGUGUCUUCUACACCGACUCCAAUGGGCGGGAUUUUCUGAAAAGGGUUCGAGAUCACAGACAAGAUUGGCCCCUAAAUGUAACUCAACCUGUUGCAGGAAAUUACUACCCAAUUAAUCUCGGCAUCUACACCACUGAUCAAAAGUCUGAAUUCUCGGUUUUGGUGGAUCGUUCAGUUGGAGGAGCCAGCAUUAAAGAUGGAGAAGUUGAGUUAAUGCUUCACAGGCGUAUGCUUCAAGAUGAUGCAAGAGGAGUGGGUGAAGCCCUCGAUGAGACGGACUGCAUUGGAAAUGAUACGUGUCAAGGACUCACGGUGCGAGGAAACUAUUACAUCAGCAUCGAUAAAUCUGGGGCUGGAGCUCCCUGGCGGCGAAGAACCGGUCAAGAAAUCUACUCUCCGAUAAUUUUAGCUUUCACACACGAGAACUUGGAAAACUGGAGAGCUUCGUACCUCACGAAAGGGACUGCCAUGGACCCAAGCUACAAUUUACCUCCUAAUGUUGCUCUGAUCACUCUACAGGAACUUGAUGAUGGGAACAUCCUCCUCCGCCUGGCACAUCUUUUCGAGGCUGGUGAAGAUGUUAAUUACUCAACGUUAGCCAAAGUGGAGCUGAAGAAGAUGUUUGUACGAAAAAUGAUAAAGGGAUUGAAGGAGAUGAGCUUAUCAGCAAACCAAGAGAAGUCAGCAAUGAAGAGGAUGGAUUGGAAAGUUGAAGGGGACGGCAAAGAGGGAUCAUCACCUGCUCCAGUUAGAGGUGGCCCUGUUGAUAACUCGACCCUUGUCAUUGAGCUUGGCCCAAUGGAGAUCAGAACAUUCCUGUUGAACUUCUAGAGACAAUACAUCUUUGUUGUGUGUUGUUUCAUCAGAUGAAUUAUUGCAAUCCGAUGUCUGAAGGACACAUAUUAAAGUGAAAUAAUUGCAGCGAUUUCUUUUUUUAACGGUUUUCAUGCAGUAUUCACCUGUUUUGAUUGA